GUGCACCACAUUAUUAUUCCUUCCAAAUUCCUUUUAUGCUUCUCUCAACAUAUAUAUAAACCUCUUCACUCAAGUCAAUUCUCAAAUCAAUUAUAUCUAUCUGAUUAUCUUUGAUCAUCUUUAGCAUUCCAUAUUCAUUAUAUUUAGAAAACAUGGAAGUAUUUCAAAUCAUUCUAAGAGUAUUUUUUAUGGCUAUCCUCAUCAAAUUGGCCAUGGCUACUAAUCACAUUGUUGGAGGACCAAAUGGUGGAUGGGAUACAGGCUCAGCAGAUCUUCAAUUUUCAGUCGGAGACAAUCUCGCAGCAGCAUCUCCUUCAAUAGCAGAUUCUCCAACUAUUUCAAUCAUUCCCUCUGCAGCUCCUGAAGAAACUACUUUUGGUUCACCCGCAGAUUCUCCGGAAUCACCAAGUCUGUUUUUUGAAACACAAACGGAAACUCCUACGUUUUCUUCACAGUUUCCUUCCAGUGUAGCUGUACCUCCUGACUCUCUUCUAGCACAACAUUCACAGGACGCAUCGGAUUCAUGGUUCGAGAAUGAAAAUCUAUAAGCCUUCAUUUCAGUGUUUUUUAUCGCCUUCUUCUAAGCAAGAGAAUAAUAUCACUCAACUCAAUCAUUUCUAGUGAGCCUAUUUCGUUUGAAAACUUGUUUUGAUGUUUCCCUCUUUGUUACCAUGGUGUGACUAUCAUUGCUUAAAAAAUCAGUUAAAAAUCACUUUUAUUUUCA